GUCCGCCCAAGUCCGUACUGUGUCCGGUCGCAAAGUGGACGCACCGCGCCAGAGUUCGGUAUGCUCGUCGCAGCGGCUCGUAGCGAAGUCGCGACAGAUGUGGCCGAGGGCCCAUUAUUUUCCGCGUGGACGAGCAUUCCACCUGAUUGAACUAUGUAUUUAACGGUCCCACGCCGCCGGCCUCCUAGGCUUUACAGACCCCUCACUUUUGUUUCGUCCCGAAUACGCUGUCAAUCCUCCAUUCACAAUGUCUUCCUCUGCCCAAGGCAGCUCUGUGAAGUCGUUCCCCACGAUCAAGCAUGUGCGCACCUUCCUCACUCAGGGCCCCGGGUCUGGUGGUGACUACCACAAUGUGCACGGCGGCCAUUGGUUGAUCGACAGCAAGAUCUCAACUCCUAUGUCGCAGUAUGAGAAGUACAGGAAGUCGAGGACGAGCUGGGGUAUCAAUGUGCUUGGGUCAUUCUGCGUAGAGCUUGAGGCUACAGAUGGCACAAAGGGCUUCGCGACUGGUUUCGGUGGCCCGCCAGCAUGCUGGUUGGUUGCAGAACACUUCGAGCGCUUCCUACUUGGCGCCGACCCCCGAGAUACCAACUACCUCUUCGAGCAGAUGUACCGUGGAAGUAUGUUCUACGGUCGCAAGGGUCUUCCUGUCGCCGUCAUUUCCGUCAUCGAUCUCGCUAUCUGGGAUCUUCUCGGUAAGAUUCGCGGGGAGCCCGUUUACAAGAUGCUUGGUGGGUCAACCCAGGAGAACGGCAGGCUCAGCUUCUACUGCACUGGUCCUGAGCCGGCUGCGGCCAAGGAUAUGGGUUUCUUCGGCGCUAAGGUACCGCUCCCAUACGGUCCUGGCGAGGGUGUCGAGGGCCUGAAGAAGAACGUUGAGUUCCUCACCAAGCACCGCGAGGCUGUUGGCCCCGACUUUCCUCUCAUGGUCGACUGCUACAUGUCCCUUACUGUUGCCUACACAAUCGAGGUCGUCAAGGCCACUGCACACCUGAACCUCAACUGGUGGGAGGAGUGCCUCAGCCCUGAUGACAGCGAUGGCUUCGAGCAGAUCAAGCGCGCACACCCCAGCCAGAAGUUCACCACUGGAGAGCACGAGUACUCGAGAUACGGCUUCCGUAAGCUCAUCGAGGGCCGCAACCUCGACAUUCUUCAGCCUGACGUCAUGUGGGUGGGAGGUAUGACAGAGCUCAUCAAGAUCGCCGCCAUGGCAUCUGCCUACGACAUCCCCGUCGUUCCUCACGCUUCGGGGCCGUACUCGUACCACUUCGUUGUCUCACAGGCCAACUCUCCUUUCCAGGAGUAUCUGGCAAAUAGCCCUGACGGCAAGUCUGUCCUACCCGUCUUUGGCAACCUCUUCACCAACGAGCCCAUUCCCACCAAAGGCUACCUCGAUGUCAAGGACCUCGACCUGCCCGGUUUCGGUCUUGAGCUGAACCCCAACGCGGGCCUCAUCGAUGCUGCGCGAAUCCUCAACCCUGCGCCGAUGAAGGCUCUGAAGUCUGCUGAAGAGCAGGAGGCUCAAGCCAAUGGCACUGUCAACGGUCACUAGAGUGCAUCUUCCUUGUCAGCGGCGUUUUGGGCGCAUUGCCUCGGUGGCACAGCGACGGUUCUAUGGGCACGUUAUAUUGCUGCACACCUAGAUGGUAUUGGCGUUGUGCAUGGAGGAGUUAUACAAUUGCAGCUCCGGGUCAGCAAUUACGAGAAUACGAAUUCAUGUCGGGACACUGCUACGUAGUUCAUGAUUAAUCAAAAAC